CCUGGAGACUCUCCUCCACCUAUCUACGCACCCUCUUGUACAACCUUUAAAACUUAGGUCCUACCGUACUGGAGUUCUUCAAACACACCAAACACGGAAAAUAGCGUUUCGGCCGAGGAGCGAUUUGACACUUUUCCUGAAUUCCACCAAAAUAGCGUUUUGACACGUUCCGCCAUGGCGUUGCGCGAGGAGCAGCCGCGAAAGCCCGAAAACGCGUUACGGCGUCUGAUGGCUCUGGCUCCGUCUCAGCAGAAAGUUACAAACUCUCAGCGCCGCGUAAUAGACGCAGGCAAGCAAAAGCUUGGAUCGCCAGUCGGAAAUUCUAGUCGCAAGCAGGCCCGGGGCCGGUCUCCUAAAACCGGCUAUUCUAAGUCCUCUCAUAGCAAUACUAAGCCUACUAGUAGUGCUACUAACUGUACUACAAGUAGCGUCGCUGGAAAAUGCAGAGGUAGCCCAAGUGCCUGCUCUGGCCGGAGCCGGCCGCCUCUCGCGGUCAAUGCUGCAGGUACUAGCGACGCUGGCGAGAUUGACGAAAUCGGCGAAGGUCGCAGCGGGCUGUGGCGAUGCGUGGUGUGCGAGAAGCACGUCGCACGGUCGCGCAUGCUGUUCCACGUGAAUGAGUGCCUGGACACGGCGUGUCGACCGUCAAGCCCUCUGCCGUCAAGCGCUCCGCCGUCAAGCGGGCUGGCGCCAAGCACUCUGCCGUCAAGCCCUCUGCCGUCAAGCCUGCCGUCAAGCCCUCUGUCGUUAAACCGUCAGCCGUCAAGCCCUCUGCCGCCAAGCCCUCUGACAGCAGCCCGCGACAAAAGAGCGGCCAACUAUGACAGCGGCGAACGGCCGUGGGGAGUAACGAAACCAGCAGGCGCGGCAUGCGGGGAGACGCAGGAGAAACAGGAGAAGCAUCGGUUCUGCGCGGCUGGUGCUGUUGCUGCUUCAGCUAACGAGCUGACUCUCCAUCACAUGCGGCGAGGAGAGAGAGACGGGUUGGGAUCGGACCUUGCCACAGACUCAUUCUCGAAGUUCGUGACAGCAGCGAGGGAUGCAGCCCGUGGUGAUAAUAACGAGAGCACGGCAGCAGGGGAGGUCAGGGAUGCGGGAGCGGAUGGUUCGCAACGAAGUAAGGCUUGGGGAGUACGGGCGACGGACGGAGGGCAGGCAGGAGACGAAGGGGUCGAUGCAUUGCUGAGAGAAAGCGCAGGGUGGGAGGUGACGAGGGAUGGGGAGCAGCCCCCACGAGACAGAGCAGCGGGAGAUUCAACCAGCGGUGAAGGACGGGAGGGGGAGGAUCCUGCUGUUGUAGGAGGUCAUGCCACUGACGCUGCUGAAACGGAGCGAGAUGGGAGAGAUGAGGAGCUUGACGAGGAGAGGUGGUGCCGUGAUGAGUGGUACCAGCUGAAAGGUGUCGACGAGAGGAGGUGGUGCCGUGCUGACGUUUCUUCUUCGCUUCAAGGUUACGUUACAAAGAGGAGGCGAGAGGGAGGAAUUUCUAGAGAGUGCACAGAGGACGGCACCACCACGGUCAGAAAUGGGCGUCAGCAGCAACUGAGGCAAGCUGCGAAAGCUCCAUCCCCCUCCUCCCAAGUCUCCUCUGGAGCAUCCCCUCCCCAUGAAAAUCCCUCUGUUGAAAAUCCCGUACCCGCUCAACAGCUCCUCCCUGCUCAACAGCCCCUCGCUGCUCAACAGCCCCACCCUGCACAGCGAACCCUGGCCUUGAAGCAACGCCUACCAACCCACCGAUCCCGCUCGCACCAGCCCUUUCUCUCCCCACCCCCCUCCCCACCCCCCUCAACUCCCCCAUCUGGCUCGCUCCCUGCCGCACCGCUUGACUUCCUGCGCCUGGACGGCUUCCGCCAACCCCGCCUCUCCGCCUUCCUUUCCCGUCCUCCUCCUUCACCUUGCGCUUCCAACCACAGUGCCGUCAGCACAACCGCCACACGCAGCUUCUCCCCGCCUAAUGCCCUGCGUGGUGCUACUCCAUCCCCGGCUGCUGCUGCUGUGGCCCCGGCUGCGGCAGGCGCUGCUGCUGCGGGCUCUCUUGGUCAUGGGGAAGGGAUGGCAGGACGAGCGCCUGGGCGUGUGACCGUUCUCCAAUCGGGCAUGGUGCUGCUACAGGGGUGGCUGUCAGUGGAGCAGCAGCAGCGAUUCGUGCGGGCAGCGCAGGACACAAGGGACAUGUUCCGAAGACCAGUCACUGCUGGGGGGGGGCAAUACCACCUGUACUCGACCUGCUGGGGUGCAGCUUGGAGCUCCACGCUCAACCGCUACUCUGCUGCUGCUUGCGCCCCGCCCAUCCCCCCUGAUCUGGCCCACCUCGCCUGGUGCCUGGCUCUAGAGGCGCACUCCCACAGCCCUGUUUUCUGGGGUGGGGGGGACAGAGGAGUGGAAAGAGUGGUGGAAGGGGGAGUGGAAGGAGGAGUGGGAACUGCAGGAGGUGGAAGUGGAGAGGAGGAGGAGGCGGGGGUUCUGGGGCGAGGGACGGAAGGUGCUGCUGGUCCUGAUUCGUUUGUGCCAGAUGUAUGCCUUGUUAACUUCUACCCAGCACGUGCGGAGGAGCUGGGGCGGGUCGGGCUGGGAGGGCACCAGGAUCUAGACGACUCGUACAACAUGCCCGUGGUGAGUGUGAGUGUGGGCGACACUAUGAAGUUCUUCUUCCGCUCGCUCCCUCCCCUCCACCGCCGUCGGUCCGGCAUCGCAGUGCGCAUUGACGACCCUGCAGCCGCUGCGCGGUCAGCUCUAGGCGAUGCGUCGCGUAACAGGGAGCGAGUUGUGUCUCUAGCCAGUGGGGAUGUAUUGGUGUUUGGAGCGGCCUCUCGACUCGUCUACCACGGCACCAGAGCCCUUGUUCCAGGAACCAGACCGCCAGGCCUUGCCAUGACUCCAGGUCGUCUCAACUUCACCUUUAGAGUGCAGGACAAGGGGGAGAGCGGAGGGGUGGGUCCACAUAGAAAGACGCAGGGGUAUGGGUAGGUCAGUUGGUAGGCUAGAAAUUAUGAAAGAAGUUUAGGUAGCAAGUGACUGGUGUAUGGCUUGCAGACGAUGACAUUUCUGGGUGUCAGAUGAAUUGCUGUAAGCAAAGGCUGUCAAGUAAAGCAUGUGGGGUAGGAUAAACCAGUCACAGGAGACGGCAAACCCCACUGGCUGCAUAGCAGCAGCAGCCCCAGGAUGGCAUCCCAACAUGGUCAGCUGGAAACAGGUGGUGCUUGAUUGCUGCAAGGUGUCUGUCACAGUUGAUACUGGACUGCUGCAUGGUGCACACAAUCGUGGCUCCAGCAACCACCGUUGGCAUACAGCAGCUGUGGGCGUGUCCCUCCCUACCCCCGUGUGCUGUACAGCAGGCACCAGGACUGCCAUAGCACUUGCCACAAGACA